GUGCGGUGCAGAUGUGCUUGCAAACUUUCUCGGGCUGCUGGGUGAAAGACCCAACCGGAGCGGCCCCAGUUGGCCGGUGUCAGUGGUGUUAGCCCAGAGGGGGUUCACCAACCACCAACCCCUGCGCUUUAAUUCGCCCAUCAAUUCACUCACUUGUCACCGUCUCACGCGCCGCGCAGCUCAGCUGCCUCUUCUACCGCGCGCUAGCUAGAGCUUUACCACCUCUCCUCCCUUCUCUCCGGUAGCAGUACUUGACUGCCUCCCAUCAUCGCUGCCCAUCUCGAUCUCUUGGCCGGCGUCGACCGUGUGUGGCUCAAGUACAGAUGGCCGCGGCGCGGUCGGCAUUGGCGUCGGCCGGCCGUGCUCUGAACGUGGCGGUGAGCCUGGUGGUGUUCGCGCUGCUGGACGCCCUGGAGCUGCUCCUCUGCGUGGCCUACAAGGUUGCCGACUACGUGGCCGAGGGCGCGUGGCGUCCCUGCUACUGCUCCUCGUCGGCCAUGGCGGCGUCGGGGAACAGCAAGAUCGUCGUGUCGGAGCGCGGCGGGUCCAAGGUCGUCAGCUUGCUGUCCUCCACCAAGCUCCACCUCGAGGACAUCUCCGACACCCUCUACACCCGCCCCUCCGUCCUCGCUGCCGCGGCCGCCUCGUCGUCUUCGUCGUCGGCAUCCUUCCGGCGCCGGGAGAACAACGUGUCGGCGGCCGGCAAGGUCACCGUGCACUCUGCCAUCGUGCAGAUCCUGCGCGGCAAGGACGGCGCCGGGGACGGCGAGCCGUACAAGCCGUACCCCUCCCCGCGCUGGUCCGACUGCCACUGCGCCAACUGCAACCCGGCCGACUCCGACCGCCUCUUCGUCCACGUCCAGCCCCCGCAAGGCGGUGGGGUGGUGGAGGAGGACGUGCUGUUCAUCCACGGGUUCAUAUCGUCGUCGGGGUUCUGGACGGAGACGGUGCUCCCGCACGUGAGCCGGCGGCGGCGGCUGCUGGCCGUGGACCUCCUGGGGUUCGGGCGGAGCCCCAAGCCGGCGGACUCGCUGUACACGCUGCGGGAGCACGUGGAGAUGAUCGAGCGCUCCGUCAUCCAGCGCCACGGCGUCGGCUCCUUCCACAUCGUGGCGCACUCGCUGGGGUCCAUCCUGGCCCUGGCGCUCGCCGCCAAGUACCCCGCCGCCGUCCGGUCGAUCACCCUGGUCUCGCCGCCCUACUUCCCGCCGCCGGCGCCGGGGGAGACGGGGGAGGUGGCGGCGUGGGGGAGCUCGCAGAGGGUGCUCCGGGCGGUGGCGCCGAGGAGGGUGUGGCCGGCGAUCGCGUUCGGGGCGUCGGUGGCGUGCUGGUACGAGCACCUCAGCCGCACCGUCAGCAUCGUGCUCUGCAAGCACCACAGGCUCUGGGAGCUCGCCUUCCGCGUCUUCACCUUGUACAGGGUCAGGACAUACCUGAUGGACGGCUUCUUCUGCCACACCCACAUCGCCUCCUGGCACACCCUCCACAACAUCAUCUGCGGCAGCGCCAGCAAGAUCGACCAGUGCCUGGAGGUUGUCCGGGACCAGCUCACCUGCGGCGUCACCAUCUACCACGGCGGGGACGACGAGCUCCUUCCCGUGUCCUGCAGCUACGCGGUGCAGUCCAGGAUCCCGCGCGCCGUCGUUAAGGUCGUCGACGGCAGGGACCACGUCACCAUCGUUGUCCGACGCCAGAAGGAGCUCGCCAGGGAGCUGGAGGAGAUCUGGGACACCAAACGGCCCUGAGACACUUUCAGAUCAAAUCAGAUCAUCGGUGUGCAAUUCUUAGGGUGAAGAGCAGGAUCAGGGGUGUGGGAAUGGCACCUCGGAUUAACAAGCAAAAUCUGUGUCUUUGGUCGAGGAAGAAGGCUCAAGGCUGCAUGCAUGUUUGCGGCGAACAACCACAUUUGCGAAUGCGGCAGAAAGCACAAGGGGGGCAAGCAAGCAAGGUCUUGAGAAAUGUGAAGAAGAUUACCUUGAAUCUUGGUUUAUUUAACCUAUUUUUUCUUCUUCUCGAGUUUUCACAUUGAAGGCUGAGAAAAAAUCUUGCCUGCUGGUACUGUGUAUAAUUACGUGAUAAGUCAUGGGUCAUUCCGGUUGUAAUCUUGUUGAAACAGAGCUUGACAUGAUCAUAUCCGUUAAGUUCGUAGCCAGUGUGCUCCUA